UUUUGCGCAGGUAAACGAGUCCCUCAACAUUAUUUAUUUUUUUGUUAUUAAUAAUGUCAAAAUCCUUAACGAAUUAUAUAUUAAAUACAAAAUACAUCGCUAUAGCGAACAUCCAUUAUUGGAAUAAAGACUCAAGUUUCGAUAUUUUUCAAUUUUUUUCAAUUAACAAAAUGGUCAUUAGUGGUAACAGAAAGGUUUUCCUUACAAAUUGUACCUGUCCCAUGUAGCAUUCCGUUACAAUAAACAUCAUAUAAAUGCAUUUUCUACUAUAGUAACCCUCUUAAUAUAAAUUAUAAUCGUAAACAGAGUAUUAUAAAUAUUCAAUAAAAUAUGUUUUAAAAUCAGUCAGUAUUAAAAUUUAGUUUUUAAAUAAUUUUCUAAACUUUGUCCCACGUACUAUCUGGAACCGGCUGGUUCACUAUGUUACUAACUAAUUCACGACUCAAAAUGAAGAUGGCGCUGUUUUGGACACUGUUUUAUUUUGGGCGAAAUGUCUGCAUUCGUCGUGGGAGUUCGUUAGGUUGGGGGGAGGGGUAUGUCGCUCGACAGUCGACCGCAAGGUGUUGAACGUGCUGCGUGUUUAAAUUGCCCGUCCACCUUGUUACCUACCUAUUCACGAUAUUAUGCGUUGUUUGCGUUAUUAAAAUGCCUCUUACGCCUGCUGAGAAGCAGCGACGAUACCGGGAACGCCGUAGAAAUAAUCAAGAGAAGGAAGAAGAAACCAAAAGAAAAGAUAGAGAAAGAUACCAUGCAAACAAACGCUUAGUACGUGAUUUAACAACACGUGAACAUCGAGCAAUAAAAAAGAAAUGGCGAUGUGCGAAUGCCAGACGAAGAGAUAAAGCCAAAGCUCUCAGUAUGAUUAUGCACACUCCAGAGUCAUCACCCCCUCGUUCAAAUAGUCCACCUCGGCUGUCUACUUCUCGUGAAAGCACUCCUAACUCUACAUCAGCAGCGGUACGCGGCAGGAAGCAAAUAAAAAGAAACAGAUCAAAGCUAUUUAGAGAUAAUAUGAAAUUAAAGGAACAAUUAGAGACAGUAAACAAGAGACACGAAAAGUACAAAAAACGAUACAACAGAGAAAAACAAAAACGAUUUCAAAAUGAAGACGGCAAUCGAUGUAAUCAACAGAAAUAUCAGAUUUUAUCAAAUGCUAUUAAAAAACGCUAUAAAAAUGUAAAAACCCGGAAGGAAAAAGUUGCUAUUCAAAAAAUAUUUGAAGAGAAGACCGUUAAAGGUUCUAGGCAGAAAACACAAAUUAUAAAAGAAUGUCUUGCUGUGGACCAGGGUUACGUAAGAAAACAACAACCUCUUUUUAAAGUAAAGAUUUUAAGUACUAAAAUCAAGGAAUUUUUCGAACGUGACGACAUAUCAAGGGCAACUGCUGGAAAAAAGGAAGCCGUGUCUCUAAAGAAAGAUAAAAUGCAGAAGCGCUACUUACUCGAUAAUAUGAAGAACCUUUAUGUAUCUUUUAAGCAGGAAAAUCCUGCCUUGAGAUGCAGUUACAAAACUUUUACACGUUACAGACCAUUUUUUGUUGUGCCUCCUACUGUCGCUGCAAGAGAAACAUGCUUGUGUCGAAUUCAUACUAAUAUCCAAUACUUAGCAUUUGCUUUGUGCAAAAACAAAGUUAUUCCAACAUCAGAUCUUAAUAAGAUUAUUGUAGACCAAGUAUGCAAUCCAGAUUCAUUAGCAUGUAUGACAGGAAUCUGUUCCGUAUGCCUAUCAAAAACAACUAAUUUUGAUACGUCAAAAGACGAAAUCAUAGUAAGAUAUUCUCAAUGGAUAAGUAAAACUGAAGUGAUAGAGAAGGCAGGAAAAAAAAUCAAAGUUACAAAAAACGUUAAAGAGGAAACAGAAAGUACGGGAAAGGCACUGAUGGAAAAGUUUGAAAUUACACUAGAGGAAUUUAAAAGGCAUAUUUAUUACAUCAAGACACAGUACAGAAACUACAGAAAAUGCAUAGAUGAGUUGACCACUAAUGAAAUUGCACUGCACAUUGACUUCAGUGAAAAUUACAGCUGCAAAUGUUUUGAAGAGGUACAAUCUCAUCAUUUUGGUGGUUCCCGAAAUCAAGUGUCCUUGCACACUGGAGUGAUCUACAGUCGUUGUUCAGACCAUAAAAUAGAGGUAUCAUCGUUUUGUACCGUGUCUGGAAAUCUUUCACACAAUCCAGCUGCAAUAUGGGCUCACCUCCAUCCCAUCUUUGCUUCAAUUCAAGAGAAAUUUCCGGAAGUAAAUGUCCUGCAUGUAUUUUCAGACGGCCCCGCCACUCAAUACCGCCAAAAACAGAAUUUUUAUCUGAUAUGUACAAAGUUAUUCUCUAACUACCAGUUUACCAAAGUAACAUGGAAUUUUUUCGAGGCGGGCCAUGGCAAGGGUGCAGCAGACGGGAUCGGUGGUUUUUUAAAAUGGGCUGCAGACCAACUUGUAGCACAUGGAAGUGAUAUACCUGAUGCCACAAAAUUCUAUCUUGCUUUGAAAGAUGUGAGUAAAGUGAGGCUACACCUGAUAACAAAUGAGGAUAUUGAACAAAGUUCAACACAGAUCUCGGACAAUAUCGUGCCAUUAUUAGGUACAAUGAAAGUUCAUCAAGUUUUCUCUGAGGAGCCUGGAGUUCUAAAGUAUAGAAAUUUGAGUUGUUUUUGUCAGCGCGGCUUUUGCACUUGUAUGAAUCCUAAGAAUUACUUUCCAUUGAAAACUGCAGUAGAACAGUCAACUCCCUCCAAUUGCGAUAAAAAUAUGCUGUCCGAUAUAAGCAACCUUUAUCAAAAGCGAACAAAAGGGUUUUAUAGAUUUGUCUAUAGCUCAGACUCCGAUGAUGUUGAUGAUGCCCCUUUGAUAUCUUUAAAAGAAAAACCUACCUAUUCAGUUGCACAACCCUGCACAUCAAAGGAAAAUGAAAAUGCCUUGAUUGAAAUGGAAAAUAUUCAUGCUAAUAAAAUAAACGAUGGUAUUUGCGUCUUAGUAAAAGUUUCCAGCUCAAAACAGGAUUACGUCUACCUGGGUAAAGCCUUGUCUGAAGUAGAAGAGGAUGGUGAGGUUAAAAUUAUGUUUUUUAAGGCAAUUGACAACACUGCAACAAAAUUCAAAUUAGUUGAGACUGAUUUAUCCUAUGAGCCUUUUGAUAAUUUACUUGCCAUUGUUCCAGAACCUAAAAAAGUCUGCAAAGGUAAAAGGGUAUACUACCAAUUUGAUACUCCCUUAGAUAUAUUUGAGAAAUAAGUAACUUCAACUUUUUAGUUCCUCUUUCAAGACAUUCUAAUUUUUAUUUCUAUUAAGAGAAAAAAUAUAUAAGAAAGUAAGCUCUUGAUUGGUAAAUUAUAGUCAUAAGUUUAUUUUUGAUAUUAUUAAAGUUUAUUGAUUAGGUGAUUUAGAUCUCAUGCUUAAUAAGUGCAAAUUAUUACGUAAUGUACAAUAAAAAGAACAACUAUGUUACUGUGUUACAACUCUGUUACUUUUCUGUCCCAAAGAUUAAAGAACUAAGUAAGAUUUUAAAGAGAAGCUAGUCAAUAUAAUAUAGCAAAUAUUGCGAUGCGUUAAUUUAAUAGAUAUUUAUACAGUAUUAUGUUCCAGUUAGCUGUUAAUAUAUAGAUAUUUGGAGGACUUAAGUAGAAUUUAAGGUAUUUUAAUAUUCAAUAAGUAACAGAGUUGUUUAAGAGUUUAGAUUAAUGAUUGUUAAACUUAACAAAAGACUGUUAUGAUUCUAAUUAUAUGUAAAAGAUAUAAGACUGUUUAAUAUGAAUACCAAAAUAUUUGCUACUGACUUGUUUAAUUUCAUAAUAAAAGGUAAAACUAAUUGGUAACAAAGUUGUAUUUUUUUUACACCCUGAUCCAUUAAAUGUGGAAUAAAUCUUAAAUUAUUGGUUGAACAUCGCGACCAGCUAUAAUAGAUGAUAAUGCAGUUGUUUUAACGGACACGGACAUAGAAAAAAGUAAAA